GUAGGUCCCGGCUGUUUGUGUCCGCGCCGCGGACACCGUCCCACCCGAUGGGUCGGGACACACGCUCGCGCUCGCGGUCCGCGGGUCGCAGGGCCCGAAGGCGACGGAGCCAGAGCGGAAGUCGGAGCCGGAGCCGGAGCCGAAGCGGGGGCCAUGGGCGGCGAGCCCGGCGGCGCCGGGAGGACGAGCGACGGCGCAGACGGAGGCGGCGGAGCCGAGACUGCAGGUCAGAUUCAGAGGAAGAACCAUGGCAGCGGCCUGGGAGGCGCAGCCGGAGCCCCCCGCCACCACGAUGGCGCUCGAGGGACCAGUCCUCUCAGUCUGACUCGGAUGAGGAGCAGCGAGGUUCAUGGGCUCGCCACCGGCGCGCACGCUCUUGGUCCCCAGGCUCCUCGGGAUCCAACUCCACAUCCACAGGGCGCUGCCAGAGCCCCCGGGCUGCAGCGGCCGCCCUGAGCCACGAGCAGAGCUUGCAGGAGCGGCUGCGGCUGCGCGAGGAGCGGAAGCAGCAGGAGGAGCUGAUGAAGGCCUUCGAGACGCCCGAGGAGAAGCGGGCCCGGCGGCUCGCCAAGAAGGAGGCCAAGGAGCGGAAGAAGCGAGAGAAGAUGGGCUGGGGCGAGGAGUACAUGGGCUAUACCAACACCGACAACCCCUUCGGAGACAACAACCUCCUGGGCACCUUCAUCUGGAGCAAGGCCCUGGAGAAGAAGGGGAUUGGCCAUCUGGAGGAGAAGGAGCUGAAGGAGCGCAACAAGAGGAUCCAGGAGGACAACCGGCUAGAGCUGCAGAAGGUGAAGCAGCUGCGGCUGGAACGUGAGCGGGAGAAGGCCAUGCGGGAGCAGGAGCUGGAGAUGCUACAGCGAGAGAAGGAGGCCGAGCACUUUAAGACAUGGGAGGAGCAAGAGGACAACUUCCACCUCCAACAGGCCAAGCUGCGCUCCAAGAUCCGCAUCCGGGACGGGCGGGCCAAGCCCAUUGACCUGCUGGCCAAGUACAUCAGCGCCGAAGACGACGACCUGGCUGUGGAGAUGCAUGAGCCCUACACCUUCCUGAAUGGCCUCACCGUGGCCGACAUGGAGGACCUGCUAGAGGACAUCCAGGUGUACAUGGAGCUGGAGCAGGGCAAGAAUGCGGACUUCUGGCGGGACAUGACUACCAUCACCGAGGACGAGAUCGCCAAGCUCCGCAAGCUGGAGGCCUCGGGCAAGGGCCCAGGUGAGCGCCGCGAGGGGGUCAACGCCUCAGUCAGCUCCGACGUGCAGUCGGUCUUCAAGGGGAAGACGUACAACCAGCUGCAGGUCAUCUUCCAGGGCAUCGAGGGCAAGAUCCGCGCCGGCGGCCCCAACCUGGACAUGGGCUACUGGGAGAGCCUCCUGCAGCAGCUGCGCGCGCACAUGGCCAGGGCCAGGCUCCGCGAACGCCACCAGGACGUGCUGCGGCAGAAGCUGUACAAGCUGAAGCAGGAGCAGGGCGUGGAGAGUGAGCCGCUGUUCCCCAUCCUGAGGCAGGAGCCCCAGUCCCCCAGCCCCAGCCUAGGGCCUGAGGACGCACCCCCCACCCCACCAGGGCCCUCCUCCGAGGGCGGCCCUGUGGAACCCGAAGGGGAUGGGGCUGCCCCGCCGGCAGAGGCCGAGGCAGAGGCAGAGGGCGAGGGCGAGGGUGAGGGCGAGGCGGUGCUCAUGGAGGAGGACCUGAUCCAGCAGAGCCUGGACGACUACGAUGCGGGCAAGUACAGCCCGCGGCUGCUCACGGCGCACGAGCUACCGCUGGACGCGCACGUGCUGGAGCCGGACGAGGACCUGCAGCGCCUGCAGCUGUCACGCCAGCAGCUCCAGGUCACAGGCGACGCCAGUGAGAGCGCAGAGGACAUCUUCUUCCGGCGGGCCAAGGAGGGCAUGGGCCAGGACGAGGCGCAGUUCAGCGUGGAGAUGCCGCUGACCGGCAAGGCCUACCUGUGGGCCGACAAGUACCGGCCGCGCAAGCCGCGCUUCUUCAACCGCGUGCACACGGGCUUUGAGUGGAACAAGUACAACCAGACGCACUACGACUUCGACAACCCCCCGCCCAAGAUCGUUCAGGGCUACAAGUUCAACAUCUUCUACCCCGACCUCAUCGACAAGCGCUCCACGCCCGAGUACUUCCUGGAGACCUGCUCGGACAACAAGGACUUCGCCAUCCUGCGUUUCCACGCGGGGCCGCCCUAUGAGGACAUCGCCUUCAAAAUCGUCAACCGCGAGUGGGAGUACUCGCACCGCCACGGCUUCCGCUGCCAGUUCGCCAACGGCAUCUUCCAGCUCUGGUUCCAUUUCAAGCGCUACCGCUACCGGCGGUGACAGCCCCCAGGGGACAUCGGGCAGGUGCCCUCGGGGACGUCAAUGAAGGGGGCUUGGUGAGGUUGGCAGUCACUCCAGGGCAACCAUCUGGGCUGUGCCUGGCAGGGUUGAGGGGCUGUGGGAUCGCUGCCUGCCCAGGUUCACAGCCCACCUCAGGCUAGACCUCCCCUCACCGGGCCUCAGUUUCCCCUCUUUGAAAUGGGGGUCCCCAUAGAGCCUAACUCAGAGUUGAGGGGCUGCUAGGGGGAUCUUCAGAGCAGGAGGGACCCCUUGCCACUGACCUCUCUGUCCCAGGGUGCAAAUGAGGCCUGAGACCCGCCACAGCACCCCUCAGAGUGCGAGGAGGAGACCAGACCCAGGGCCGGGCCGCUGCCUCGAGACAAGACCCCAGGCCGCGUCUGGGCCCACAGGUGCCGCCUGCCCCGAGCUGGGGGCCACGCAGCUUGGAGCAGGGGACUCGCACGUGGCAGUGGCCAGCUUGUGAGGGGCAGGACACCCAAGUCCCACCCCUGGCACCUCUCGGGGUAUUGAUGGGCCCUUGGGACAGCGGCUGCAGGUCCCGCCCCCCUGGAGGUGCCCUCCUCGACUCCCUUUCUCAGGAGGGGGCUGAAGGCGACACGGUACCCACAGUCCCAGCGCUCAGUGGGAUGGCAGCAGGUUCCUUUCUUUCAGCGUCUGAUGAUGGAGACACCCCCAACCUUCGACCCCCAGGGAACCCUGAAGUGCCGCCUCCCAGCCCCACCAGUCACCAGCUCCCAGAGGACCGCCCAGGCACCCAGUCUUAUCUGGAACAGUUUACUUUGUGUCUCUCAAAAACUUUUUUAGGUGGGGAGAGGGGACAUCUUUUAUUUUCAGUAAAUUGGUCUCCUCGUGAGAUUGCAUGUUUUUUUAAUAAACGUUUUAUUUUAGAAUAA